CCUUCAUUCAUCCCUUACCCCGUUUUUCAUAUACAGCCCUCCUUUUUACCAGGACUUAUAUACAUUCCAUUCGUUUAAUUUACAUGACAACCUCGAAUUCUCAUAAAUAAUGGCCCGUCUAAGAGGGUCCGGCAAAUCCGGACCCAAACCACCGAAGCAAAAAAAAGACACAGGACCUCCAGCACCUUUCAAGCGUCCCCCAGAAGUGCUCCAACCAUUCAUCGACACACUCGACGAAAAGCACAUUUACAUAACACACAUCGACUCGCACCCACGGGACUUCAAGCGCAAAAUCUUCACAGUCCCGGUGCUCAUGAACCUAGCGCUAGCAGGACUUUUCGUAUACCGCAUGUACACAAUCGUGCCGUAUUACCUACGCAUCGUAGCUUCCGUCUUGGGGUAUUAUAACGAGACCACGGUCAUCGUUGAGGAGAUGGAGUGGAAUGAGAUCAUUCCCGAAGUAGGGAAACGCGCUGCGAGUUUUAUGAUUGAUUUUUUGCUGUUUGUGUUUGUAUGGCAUUGGCCGUUGGACUUUUGUCUUGCGCAGGAGCAUGGAAAUCCGGUUUCCUGGCGGUUAAGUGUUGGGUUUAAGGAUCGUGAGGUUGUGGUUAGGAGGAGUAGGAAGUGGGAUGAGAAUGUUGGGGAUUUUGUCAAUGACGCAGCUGCCAAGAGUUUAUUUGUGUCGAGGAUUGGCAUGUCUACGGCGCCUAUGCUACUCAAUGAGAAAACGGGAUACCUGCUUAUGAACGCUGAGUGGGAUUUGGAUUGGGCAGCUAUGGUUGAUGCGCAUACGAUGGUCGACAGGAAGAUGGCUGCGAUUGAGGCCUUCAAGACGGUUGUUUUGGCUUACCAUGAGGAUUACGGAUGGCUUUCUGUCGACAUGAAAGGUGGUGAGAAUGCCGAUGAGGACGAAAGAAGACGCCAAGUCUUCGCCUUCAGAGAUGCACUUGCUUCCGUGGGCAAGGAGGAUCUGUUCUAUCGCUGGAUUGAGACCGUACAGUUUGAGACUGAGAAAGCCGGUGGGUUCACUAAGGAAAACCAGGAACAAGUCGCGAAGCAGAUCAGGGAUAUGUUUAAGAAGGAAGGUAUCGACUUUGAUGAGUUUUGGAAGGAAAGCGUAGGUGGAGAUGCACCCAAUUAAUGCUUCGACAUAAUCAAGGAAAUCAUAGAAUUCGGAAUAGACAUCCCCCAAUAAAAAGGGUAUAACAACAUAAUAACAACGAGGCGCCAAAUGAGGAUAUUCACUUUACACAGACCGAGAGCCAUAAUCCACAGGGCGACGAGAAUGUAUUGAUCGUAUGCAAUAAGGGGAGCCCCAACA